UGAGUGUCCACUUCUUCUUCCCGUUGCCAGCGUUGUGUUGUGUUGUUGGAGAAGCAGACGAUGGCGUCGGAGAGCUCCUCCAUGUCCCUGGCGGGUUUGCCUUACCAUAAUGUCGGGGAUUACUACCCCAGACAGUUCGGGGCCAAACCCGACGUGGUUCCUUCUGGGGUGACAGAGAGAAAAAACAUGCCGCUUGAUAAACCGGACAUGGUGGCAUUGGAUGUCAUCAACAUCAAAGAGCCUGGCAGUGAUGUACCUCUUCACAGAAAAAAACAAGAGACAGAUACCUAUGUUUUGGGAACUAUUCAUCCAUUCCGGAAGUCGCAAAGAUCUUUCUAUGGCAAGUUUGUACAAGAAUUUCGCUUGGUAACAGGUGACAGAGGGUCAUGGAAAAUUUUGCUAUUUGGUUUCUUCAACUUGAUGUUCACUGGCUUACUUUUGAUGUGGUGCAGCUCCACCAACAGCAUGGCCUUAACAGCUUACACAUAUUUAACAAUAUUUGACCUUUUCAGCUUAAUAACGUGCCUUAUAAGUUCAUGGGUGACUAUGAAGAAAUCCAGCCCAGUUUACUCUUUUGGAUUCGAGAGGUUCGAAGUCCUUGCAGUGUUUGCUUCAACUGUGCUGGCCCAGCUUGGAGCCCUGUUCAUCCUGAAAGAAAGUGUGGAACGUUUUAUGGAGCAGCCGGAGAUACAUACGGGUCGUCUACUAGUUGGGACUUUUGUGGCGUUAUGUUUUAACUUGCUAACCAUGUUGUCUGUGAAGAACAAGCCGUUUGUCUAUGUAUCAGAAGCUGCCAGCACCAGUUGGCUUCAAGAACAUGUAGCAGAUCUGAGCCGAAGUUUGUGCGGCAUUAUACCCGGCCUGAGCAACAUUCUGUUGCCGCGCAUGAAUCCCUUUGUGUUGAUAGACCUGGCAGGGGCAGUGGCUCUCUGUAUCACAUACAUGCUAAUUGAAAUUAAUAACUAUUUUGCAGUGGACACUGCUUCAGCUAUUGCCAUUGCAUUAAUGACCUUUGGCACCAUGUACCCUAUGAGUGUCUACAGUGGAAAAGUGCUGCUUCAGACAACACCGGCUCAUGUUAUUGGUCAGCUAGAUAAACUACUGAGAGAGGCUGGCUCAGUACAUGUCCGAAUACGGAGAGAUGCCAAUGAGCAGAUGGUGCUUGCCUACGUGACCAAUCGCCUGCACACCAUCGUUUCUACUUUAACCGUUCAGAUUUUCAAAGAUGACUGGAUCAGGCCAUCCCUGGCUACUGGACCCCUUCCAGCAGGCAUGCUGAAUCUGUCUGAGCACAGCAGCCUUCCAGCAGUGCCGCCUGUGAAACCCGCCAGUGAUUUAAACCCACUAACCUCAACCCCAGCCAAGCCCAGCAGCCCGCCUCCCGAAUUCUCAUUCAACACGCCUGGAAGGAACGUCAACCCUGUCAUCCUGCCAAGCACUCAGCCAGCCAGGCCCUAUGGUGUGGGCCUUGCCUAUGGAGCAGUUCCAUAUAGCAGUACGUUCAGUCAAGGGCUUGGUAAUCUGGGCAGUGGAAUGGGAAUUGGAACAGCUCAGACAUUCAGGACUGGUUUUGGCAAUGUUCCUGGCAGAUAUGGAGCAAACGCUCAGGGACAGUUCAGUCAAUAUAGACCUUGAUCUGCUACUGAAAACUCUGUGGUAUUUAUUGUUGGGAAAGAAGCAUCAUCUUGGUUAUGAAGAGGGCUUUGUAUUCUUACUUUUAUUUUAGUGUCCUGGAAAAAAAAAAAAAAAAAAAAUUGUCAACUGACAAAAAUGUUUAAAUAUGGAUGAUCAACAGGGAAAACGGUGCAUCAAGAUUAUGCAUUAUUUAUUUUUAAUGAAAGUUUAAGUUGCGAAAGUAUAUAUUAAUACUUUUAUUUUGGCCUUUGGCUUUUUAGUAACAAACAUUACUCUAAAAAUGCAAUAGUGGAGGGAGAGUGAGAGACAUGCAUAUCUGGGUAAGUGGGCGCCACAGUUGUUCAAAACCCUAAUGCGUCAGUGUUGAAUCACCCUGUGUAACAGAUAUUGUAUACUGUAGGUCCAGAUCAUUGAAAUAAGUUGCAUACUAUACCUGGUACCAACCUGUGUAAUCUGACAAUUUUUCCUCUUGCCCAAAAUAAAUUGCUGAUUAUCUGCAGAAGUUGCAAGAGUUAAGGAGAUGUGGGGUUUAAAUCCCAGUUGUACUCAAAUACUGAGUUUUAGUAAUUCUCUCGCAGUACUCUUCCUGUGUCCUGGUGGGACAAUUUUUGAGGAGAGCUAGGAGGUUAUGUCCACCUCGGAAGGACCAUGUCCCUUACUGGCAGUUUAAUGUGGUGCUUGAUGUGCUUACUCCACUCCAGCCCCUGCAUUCAGUAGAGCUGAAAUAUCCCUGAAGCCAGCUUUCCUACCAGCAGUCGCCACAAAGCGAAUAGGUGAAAUGCAAGCAUUACUAAAGCCUGCAUAUUUUUUACGGUUGUUGUUAACGGAUGUUUCUGUGUUCAUGUAGAAUAACUUUAGAACUAGUUAAUGUCACUCAUAAUUGACAGUUUAUAGAGUUGAUAAUAAACUAAGGACUGAGGUCAUGCGCUGUACUAAUCCUGCUUUUCUCCCUAAAAGCAUCUCUGCUUUCCAGGUCAGCCAGGUAGUGGAGCGGAAGGCUAUUCAGCCACCACUUUUCCAAUCUGUCAGGGACAGGAAGCUCCAAGUGCUCUGCCCAGAUAGGACAUUAGCAUAUUAUGCUGGUGCUACAAGAACUGCACUUGUGAUGGCUUGGGUAUACUAUCCCAAUCGGUAAUGGCUAACAUUUCAUACUUGAAGGGAACGUUCAGUUAUAAAUCAUAACCCUGGUCUCUGAAAUAUAAAUGUUAUCCAUUACCUUCUAGGGCCGCUGUGUUCAUUCCAACACAGCGGGCUUGAAUAGAAAAUUGGCGCUGAGCCCUCGUGCAUGCGGCACUUAAUCCCCUCUGGGGCGGAGUCUUCUUGCCUUUUGAGAGGGGGCUCAUACAAGCAGCUUUCACAUAUCACUCUAGCAUUGUUGUGCAGUACAGUAGUUGUUGUCUCUUGACGGCAGCAAAAUACUCAAGAACAAGGGAUACACAGUUUCUGUGUAAUUUGUUUUGUGCUGUAUAUCUAGUAUAUUAAAUGUUAAAUGUAAAGCACUAGUGUUUUUCCAUUGUUUCAGUUUAUACUGUACGUAUUACGCACUUUAAAUAAAAUAUAUUCAGUUAUUAUGAAGCAAAAUACAAUAACUGACCUGACUUCAACAA